GGAGCUCUCUCCAGGAGACGUCUUGAUGAAGAAGGCGCAUCCCUUCCUCGCGCCGUUGGACAGGCGCCACUUAUAGCAACCGGCAAGGUAGAUUUAAUGCCAUGCGAUGGAGAUUGUAAGUGUCCUCUUUCUAGUUUUGGUGGGCAUUGUCUCGUAUAAUUCAUACUACGUUCACAAAAAGCACCAAUACUGGAAAAGACGUGGAGUCCCAAGUAUGUCUACCUGGGAAAUCCUCGUUCAGUCGGUAAAGUUGUGGCUGGGGCGGACUCAUGUAUGGAUGAUAUUCAUGGAGAUGCACGAUGCGUUUCGCGGGCACAAGUUUGGAGGGUCGUUCCAGAUGGUGCGCCCGAGCCUCGUCCUCCGCGACCCCGAGCUCAUACGAUCCGUCCUCGUCAACAACUUCUCCAAUUUCCACGACCGGCACAACAUGGAGCUCAGCGAGAACGACCCAGUGCACUGGGACCUUGUCCACCAGCGCGGCCCCCGCUGGAAUCAAGUGCGGCAAAAGGCGGCGCAGGCAUUCAGCUCCGUGAAAUUGAGGCUAUUGUACCAAACACUGCUGGAUUGCGCAAGGGAACUAGAUGCUCAUAUUAUGCGCCUUUGCUUGGAGCAGGGGCAAGAGGGGGCAGAAUUUUGUCUCAACGAGCUCAUGUCUAACUACUCUAUGGAAGUGAUCGGAGCCUCUGCUCUGGGUAUCAAGUGCAACGCGAUCCAGAAUCCAGAGUGCCAACUCCGACGAGUCUUGGAGCUUUCGAUGAAAUUCAGCUUCCGCAGGUUCAGCAUCUGGACCUUAGAGUCUAUCUGCCCUGGUCUUUCAGGCAAACUAGGCUUUAGGAUGCACGAGUCUGCAAUAAUACAAUUCUUCAGGUCGAUCAUCGAAGACGUCGAGGCAAUGAAACGAAAAGAUACGGAGCCGAAUCGUAAGGAUUUCUUGCAAAUUCUGAUGAAUCUCCGAGACUCGGAGCAACAAAGUGGAGCUAAGACUGAUGAAGACUCUGCAGCCACCGGCUCAAUCCUGACGGAGACUGUCAUGUUAGGAGUGAUCAGCUCAUUCCUUUCGGUGGGCUACGAAGCGGUGGCCUCCACGCUUGUCUUCUGUCUUUACGAGCUGGCAUUUCACCCGGAGAUCCAGCACAAACUUCUCCAAGAAGUCCAUCGGGUCCACGCUAAAGCAGGGGGUGGGAUCUCAUUCGAGGACACGAAGAAACUCCAGUUCAUGGAGCAGGUCAUCAGUGAAACGCUGAGGAAGUAUCCAGUGAGUGCGAUCAUUGGCCGUUGUUGCACAGAGCCGUUCCAGAUUCCGGAUACCACUGUUGUGGUCGAGAAGGAUGUUACAUGCUUCAUUUCGAUUCUAGCCCUUCAUUACGACCCCAAGUAUUUCCCCGAUCCGGAGACCUUUGACCCGGAUCGUUUCGCCCGGGAAAAUCUCGACAAAAUCGUUCCCGGCUCCUACUUGCCCUUCGGCGACGGACCAAGGUCCUGCAUUGCAAAUCGACUGGUCGUAAUGAUCGUCAAAACUAUGUUGAUGACCCUAAUACCAAAUUACACCUUUCAUCCAAGUGCCAGAACCCCAAGACGGAUGGAAUUCGACGUAACACGUUUUAUGCUGGCUCCAAAGGCCAAUCUUCAAUUACGUCUACAGAGGAGAAAGUAGAAUCCUGAUUUACAGUGACUUUAGGAUUCUCGUCAAGAGGAAAACCAAUAAUUUUGAUGUGCAAUAGGAAAACCUCACGACAUGAUUACAAGUUUUAUGCGUUCUUUCAAUGACUCCUAAUUUUGUUUUGCUACGGGUAUCAUGAAAUAUAAUGUUUUGAUGUGAGGGAAAGUAUUCGUUAGGUUGAAUAUUGACCUAGAAUUCAGCAAAAUUGCUUCGCACAAGCAAGUGUUCCAGCUUUCUGAAAUAAAUUGGUCCUAAAGAUUCACUGUCUGUUUAGUCCGGCCAUUUUUUUUUCGUCGUUGAAAAGUUGGUUGAAAAUUAUUUUCAUAUUAUUUAACGAUAAAGUUCUGAAGUAUAAGGAAUAGACACAAGGACACGGUUUAAUUCGUAAGUUAUUAAGUAGGCUUCUUCUUUUUUAUGAAAAUAUAAAUAAAAUAAUCGAAAUCGAAUAUGUUGGUGCACCGAGAUGUCAUUUUAUUAAUCGAUUUAAUUCCGAUUUUUUUAUCCAGUAUUUGGUCAUUUAGUAGAAAAAUGAAGAAGUUACUGGGGAAGCGAGAAAAUGCGCAAUUAUUACCGAAAGAAAACAAAGGAAGAUGAGUCAUAGACAUCUCUAUCCCAAACACUGUUUUUGCUCUCAUUAUCUUCGCUCACUUUCUAGUUCUAAGGAAUCUGUAUGAUAUUAUGUGAUUUGAGAGCAAGCGAAUCAGCAAUAGGUAUUGCAUAGCAGCUCCGAUGCGAUGCUGACUAACGUAAGAAGACCUUGGGAACAGUGCAACACUCAACAAUGUGUCACUCAGCACGCAGUGUGAUUCCCUCCGUUAGAAUGUGGGUCAAAAUCAGUGCCUCUUCGUCAACAAAUAUAGAGCAGUUUAUUUUAGCUUUACAUGGAUUGCACAGAGGGUUGAAAUGCAUGUGCUAGUGCUUGCAAAUGGGCCAAGUGAGGGUAUACAGAGUGAGAAGAUUAAUGAAAACCCCAAAUUAUUUUCUUUCUGAAAAAUACAAUGUCAUCAAGUCACAUCUAUGUAUUAGAUUUCUUUCACAUCAAUGGCCACGCAUUUUCAGCCUUUUCAUGACUUUUUUUGACGGUAUUGUUAAGUACUCCAAUAAGUAACGCCUGUGAUAUUUUUUUUUUUCUACGGGAAGAAGACUGAAUUAAAUUUCAGAGGCAACUGAAAUGAUUUCCUCUCUUUUUAGAAAAGAGGAAAAGAGGCUUUAGAUGGAAUCCCAUUAACUUUUUUUGGAAAACCCAGGGAUAUUUUAGAAAAUUAUAAAGUGUUGAAUAUAGCAAAGGUGUUAAGUUAACGAAGAAAAUUAAUUUAAAACGUCAAUCUAAUUCACUCACUAGAGCGAUGACCCCUUAAAAGAGCUAAACCAUUAUUUAGAAAUUAUUAGAUGAAGCUAUUUAGUUUCGAAAUUGAAAACGCUCUGUUUUAAUAAGAUCCAAACUCUGUGUUAUUUACUGUGAAUAUAAAUUUUGAAAUCUAUUUGCAUGGAAUAGGCUCCUCUGUGACAUGGAUUGCUGCUUCUCUUCCACGUGACGGUAAAAUCGAUUGAGAAUCUUAUUUUUUUAGACUUUUAUCCGGUGUAAAUCAUAAACUCAGGAUGAAGCUGAAAAUAAUAAACAAGUGGAAAUUUCCAAUACAAAUUAAGCGUUGGAAGAGAAAAAUUCAGCUUGAGGAAAUGGAGCACACAUAUAGCUGAAAAAAUUGAAAAUGAACUUGGAAAAAUGAGGACCUUCUAAUUUUAAUUGACACCUAAAGGAAGAAAAACUGAACUAAUGAAAUUGAAUCAUUUAAGGAAAACAAGAGUACUAGACAGAUUGCGAUUACUUUAUAUGUGAUGAAAACAGAUGACUGUAUGUAUCUAGUGCUAGCUUUUACAGUACACUAUCUAAGAAGCAAUGAUCGCGAUAAGUUGUGAAAAAAGUCAUAUCUGUGUUUGAUUCCUUUCGGCAUUUUUGUCCAAAAAGUUGGUAUGCGCUGCAUUUAUUUGAAAAAUUUGCUCGCCGAAAUUCGUCAAUUUCUAAUAUGCAGACGAAUGGAAGCGAAAGCACGUUCGUAGGGACCAUUCAAGUGUAACAUAAGCCAUUUUGGCCGACUUUUUGGUCCACUUUCCUCUUGAAAGGCACAUGUAAGACAACCUCUCACUACCCCUCUGAAGAACGCAAAAUUGUCCUGACCCCAAAUAUAUCAGAAAAAUACGGAAGAAGCCUGAAAAAAAAUAUAUAUAUUUUUAUUAGCA